AUGGUAACGAGAAUAAAUUGACAUUUAUAAAUAGUGAUAAGUCAAAAAUAUAUUAUAACUUUUGCAAUAUUAAGGGAAAACUGAGACUUCGGGAUGACUACUUUCAGUUCGAUUGCUUCAGUGAAAAUGUCGACGAGUUCGUUGGAAAUCGAGAACGAGAAAAUUGACUGCCAAGAGGAAAAUGACUUAGAGGCCCCCAUGGACUAUUCAGUCAAACAUCCCCUGCAGAACGUCUGGACGUUGUGGUAUUACGAAAAUGAUCGGAAUCAGUCUUGGGAGAAAAAUCAAAGGGAAAUUUCGUCCUUUGACACCGUCGAAGACUUUUGGAGUUUAUAUAACCAUAUUAAACCCGCGAGUGAAUUGAAACAAGGCACGGACUAUUCACUAUUCAAAAAAGGAAUAAUGCCUAUGUGGGAAGAUAACGCCAACAAAAAAGGUGGGAGAUGGCUGAUUAGUUUGGACAGAAGGCAGAGAAAUAGUGAACUAGAUAGAUACUGGCUAGAUAUCAUUCUGUGUCUGAUCGGUGAGGCUUUUGAUAACUCCAAUAAUAUCUGUGGAGCAGUAGUCAAUAUACGAUACAAAGGAGACAAAAUAGGAAUCUGGACUUCCGAUGCUAACAAUGGAACAGCCAUACUGGAAAUAGGAAGAAAACUGAAGGAGAGGUUGAACAUCCCUCAACGAACCAUCAUAGGAUACGAGGUCCAUAAAGAUACAAUGGAUAAGACUGGAUCUUCAUCCAAAUAUUCUUACACGGUGUAAAAUUAAGAAAUUCAUAGAAUUAAUUGUUACUUUAGCGGAUAUUUUUACAAGGGUGAAACUUUGCUUUGAAAAGUUUCUCUUUCUGAAUUUUACCGAAUAAACUCCUUUUUUUGUUAA